AUUGGAUUUUCUCAGACGAACAGAAUAAAUAAUCUUCGGAAGAAUGAUGAUUCUUCAGUAUAUUCCGAGGACGAAUAUGUCGUUGAAAAAAUUCUAGACAAAAGAUAUAAUUCGAAAACAAAAAAGACUGAAUAUCUGAUUAAAUGGAAAGGCUAUAAUAAUCCAAGUGAUAAUACAUGGGAACCGGAGGAAAAUUGCGUAUGUCAAUUCUUAAUAUCUUCGUCUAAUAUCGCUUGCCAUUAUUUGAGGCGGUUUCCAAGUAACAAUGUGGGCUUUUUUUCGAAGAAAACAAGAGAAUAA